AGCGGUGCCGAACUCAGGACACGCGUACUUCCCACGCGGGACAAUCGUCUCUCGCUCUCUCUACCCAAAAGCCAAAACUGACUCUCUCUGCACAUUCUAUCCAGUUGUUGAAUUGCCUUCUGCUUUGGUUGGAUCGAAACCCGACGACGACUUAUGGCCGUGUAGAGAGAGGAAAAUCAUGCGUCUUCGCGGUUGUAAGAGAGAAGCCACCGCCACGGCACAGAGAAGCUCCCGCACUCUCCCUCACUACCAGCCCUAGAUCUGAAUUCAUUACGACGUUUGGGGAUUUUUUUUUUUUUUUUGUGUUGGAAGCUAGGGUUUCGAAAUCAUGGAGCCUCGCGUCGGCAACAAGUUCCGUCUCGGCCGGAAAAUAGGCAGCGGAUCGUUCGGGGAGAUCUAUCUCGGAACGAAUAUCCAGACGAACGAAGAAGUUGCUAUAAAGCUUGAAAAUGUGAAGACAAAGCAUCCUCAGUUACUUUACGAAUCAAAGAUAUACAGAAUUCUACAGGGCGGAACUGGAAUUCCAAAUGUGAGAUGGUUUGGAGUGGAGGGUGACUAUAAUGUCCUAGUGAUGGAUUUGCUUGGGCCCAGUCUUGAAGAUUUGUUCAAUUUUUGUAGUAGGAAACUUUCUUUAAAGACUGUUCUUAUGCUAGCAGACCAAAUGAUCAAUCGUGUUGAGUUCGUUCAUUCUAAAUCCUUCCUGCACCGUGAUAUCAAGCCAGAUAAUUUUCUUAUGGGCUUGGGAAGGAGGGCUAAUCAGGUCUACAUCAUUGACUUUGGUCUGGCUAAGAAAUAUCGAGAUACAACAACUCACCAACACAUCCCUUACAGCAUGUUAAAGUUUUCUAUUACCAAUUGGCUUCGUGGAACAUUCAUCAUAUAUCAUCAUGGAUACUGCAGAGAGAAUAAAAAUUUGACUGGAACUGCAAGAUAUGCAAGCAUGAACACUCAUCUUGGCAUUGAACAAAGCAGGAGGGAUGAUUUGGAAUCUCUAGGAUAUGUCCUCAUGUACUUCCUAAGAGGAAGUCUCCCUUGGCAGGGACUAAAAGCAGGAAAUAAGAAACAGAAGUAUGAAAAAAUUAGUGAGAAAAAGGUCUCCACAUCUAUUGAGUCCCUUUGUCGAGGUUAUCCAACAGAGUUUGCAUCAUACUUCCAUUACUGUCGUUCUCUACGGUUUGAUGAUAAGCCAGAGUAUGCUUAUCUAAAGAGAAUAUUUCGUGACCUUUUCAUUCGUGAAGGAUUCCAGUUUGAUUAUGUCUUUGAUUGGACCAUUUUGAAGUAUCAACAAUCACAAAUUGCCACUCCUCCUCCCCGCGCAUUUGGCCCCUCUGCUGGAACAAGCUCCGGAUUGCCCCCUGCUGUUGCCAAUGCUGAUAGGCAGUCAGGUGACAAAGAAGGAAGGUUAGGUGGCCUGCCAUCUAUGGAUCACUCUCAGAGAAGGGUUUCUGGACAAGCUGUAAAUGCUGGAAGUUUAUCAAGGCAAAAGAGCCCUGUCACAAAUGAUUCCACAAGUAAAGAAGCUAUGUUGUCAAACUCGGCUUUUAUGGGGCGGUCAAGUGGAUCUUUAAGGCGGGCUGCUAUCUCUGGCGGCCCUGAUGAAGUGGGAAAUGAGUUCGGUCCUGUUCGUGCCCGGAAUGCCGAUCCAAGUUUAGGAACAUUGCAGAAAGUCUCAGGUGCGCAAAGAAGUGGAACCAUUGGUGGAUCCUCGGAACCUAAGCGCGCAUCCUCUGGGAGGAAUAACCCUGGCAUGAAGAACUAUGAGUCUACUCUCAAGGGUAUCGAAUGCCUGCAUUUUGACAAUGAAGAAGUGGUUCAUUAUUAGAUAAUUGCGCGGUUUGGUUCUUGUAAAUCAUAUACAAUUGUGUGUUGGACAUUGGAUAGGAGGCAAGUGAACUAAGGAACUGUGUGCUGAUGUUGAUGCUCUGAUGAAAGACCUGUAGUCAAUAAACAGAAGAAAUAACCAGAAAGCAGCUGCCAUUCUAGUGAACCUUCUCAAGGUGAGGUUGCCGUAGUUGGUAUAUCUCCCGCCCGCAUUCUAAUUCUCCUGCAACACCUCUCCCCUAUGAUGUCUGUUUCUUGAUGUUGGGUAGUGUAGUAGAUUAAGUCUCUCUGGUGGUGCUACAAAUUUGCCAUUGUAUUAAAAACGUCAUGUGGGUCUAAGUUCUUCCCUUAAAAAAUUCUGUCCACUAUAACUGUUUGCUUGACUUGGUUGGACAUAUUGGGUCUUGUUUGAGCAUAUGACUGAAAACCAACGAAGCCUUUUUCUUCUGUAAUAGAGAGUUUCAUAGUAGUAGUAGUAGUCCCUCCGGUACUUCGUCUUCUAUUUUUAUUUCUUUGACUAGUAGAAGAGAGUUUGCUUCUGUAUUCCCCGGAACGAACUUUGCCUAGAACUUUCAGUAAUGCUAAGGCUUCAAUUUACUCUCUCUUA